AUGGUGACCCUCGCACCCCCGUCUCUGAGGGGUGUUCUCCCUCCCCCCUCUUGCCCUCUGUUGCCUCUGCUGCUGCGGCCGACCUCGUUGGUUUCGAGUCAGUCGGCGCUGCGUCUGCCCCGAGCGGGAGACGCCGCACCGGCAAGGGCAAGGGGGGCAAGGGCACUAGAGGGGCUGGAGGGGGCGGUGGAGGUGGUGGUGGAGGCGGUGGAGGGAGUGGGGGUGGUGGUGGGAGUGGUGCCGGGGGUGGCGACGGCGGCGGCAGCAGUGGAGGCGGCGGAGGCGGUGGAAGUGGCGGAGGGAGCGGAGGUGGCGGCGGGAGCGGAGGCGGCGGAGGUGGUGGAGGAGGCGGAGGUGGAGGAGGCGGCGGAGGCGGCGGCGGCGGAGGCGGCGUGCGGUGGGAGUUUUGGUCCCUGCCCUUACGUUCUCUGUACCGACGACCGCACUGGUGAGCACUGCGGAGGCCCGCACUCCACCCAGCGCUGCUUCGGUCGCCUGACGGACGCGUGCCGUCGCCAGUUCCCUGAGGCGUCAGAGAUCCCUCGCUGGGGAGAUCUGGCUAAGGCCCGGGUUGCUAUCUUUGAUCUUGACUUUGAUGCUAUCCUUGCUGCCAUGUAUGCUAAUGCUGAUAGUGUUGAGGGUGCCUGUUACAUGUGUGUACCGCCUGACUUGGGCUUUGAGGCUGUUGCGCUAGGUGCUGGUGAGGCUGCUGCUCUAGGUGCUAGUGCGUCUACUACCCCAGGUGCCAGUGCGUCUGCCGCCCAAGGUGCUGACCGCACCACUCUUACGCCGCUUAGUCGGCCGGUUGCAGUCUCCCUGGCAGACCCCUCUGGGGGUCCUGUCCUUGCUAGCUUCUCCACUGUCCUUCCGUGCCCUGUAGCCCCCUAUGGCACCCUGUCUAGUCUCUACCUCCCCUCGUUCUCUACGAGCUUGGUGAGUCGAGCGGACCUACAGGAUCAAGGGGUUGACCAUUUCACUCCUGCGAGUCAGCGAGUGACCUAG